AUGAUUGACCGAGUGGGUGAUCACAUCUUGACGAAGAGAGAAAAAUCAGUGCUGAAUGAUUGCUUUUGGACAGCCGGAAUUAGAGGAUUGAUUGGAGGAGUAACAGCAGGAGGAUUAUUAGGAUUUAUUGUCAAAAAGUAUCAAAAACCACAAAAACCCAGUGCUAGAAUUGCUGUCGUAUCAUUAUUCUUUAUUGGAGGCGUUUAUUUAGGUUCAGCCUCAACUAUUCCAUACUGUCUGAGAAAUUUUGCAAAGCUUGAGGAUUCAGAACUAGGAGACACUGCACGAAGAUUUAUCAUGGCUGUCACAGAUCAAACAAAACAAGAAGAUCCAAAUCAAAGCAAACGCAAAAAGCAAGAAUACGAUUGGGAGGAAGAAGAAAAGGAAGCCCUCAAAAAAGAAUUGGCUCAGAAAAACAAGCAAAGUGCAGACAAGUAA